AUGGCUAUUGCUGAGAGCACUUCCGAUGGCGCAGACGUGAUCAUUCCUACGAGCGCGCAUGGGAAGUCUCCGGGGGAUCCUGUGCUGCUGGAGAGCGGAGAUCAAGAUGAGACUCCCCAGAAUGCACCGCUGCAUCGGACUCUGAAGUCGAGACAUCUUCAGAUGAUUGCCAUCGGAGGCAUCAUUGGGCCCGGUUUACUCGUUGGAUCUGGAAAUGCGCUGCAUGUUGCUGGCCCAGCCGGCAUUAUCAUCAGCUUUACACUUGUUGGGAUUCUAGUGUUCUUCAUAAUGCAAUCGUUGGGUGAAAUGGCCACUCUCAUACCUGUAUCAGGAUCGUUCACAGAGUAUUCGGCUCGCUUUGUUGAUCCUUCACUGGCUUUUGGUCUUGGCUGGGCCUAUUGGAUCACUGUUGAUACUCUGCAGGUCCUGUCAAACGAAUACAAUGCGCUGUCUCUUGUCAUGGGUUAUUGGACAGAUGUCGUACCCCAAUGGGCAUGGAUUCUUAUGUUCUGGGUCAUUUUCCUCGCCUUGUCGAAUCUUGGAGUUUUAACAUACGGCGAGGUUGAGUUCUGGCUUGCCUUGAUUAAAGUCAUCUCCCUUACCAUAUUCUUUAUCCUGGCAACUUGUAUCAGCGCUGGUGGUAUUGGAGGUAAAACUAUUGGCUUUAAGUACUGGAAGGACCCUGGCGCUUUCGCCGAUUCAAUCAACGGAGUUGCAAAGACAUUUGUAAUUGCAGGGACUCUGUAUGCGGGAACUGAAAUGGUCGGUAUCACCGCGGGUGAAUCGGCAAAUCCUCGAACCGCCGUUCCAACUGCUAUCCGCCAGGUGUUUUGGCGUAUUUUGAUUUUCUACGUUGGAAUGAUGUUCUUCAUCGGUAUCCUACUACCAUAUGAUGACAAACGUCUCCUUUCCUCCGGCUCCAAGACGGCACAGUCUCCACUCACCAUUGCACUCUCCGAUGCAGGUAUCCUCCCGGCUGCUCAUUUGAUCAACGGCCUGAUCGUUAUUUCCGUUAUCUCGGCUGGUAACAGCUCACUAUACGUGGCCUCCCGUACGAUGCUUUACAUGGGGCGAACAGGCAAGGCACCCGCCAUACUGGGCCGAACAAACAGAGCCGGCGUACCUUGGGUUGCCUUGCUUUUUACCAAUCUAGUCGCUUGUAUAUCGUUCCUCUCCCUGUCUUCUAGUGCAGGAAAGCUAUAUUCUGCACUCAUAACUCUAUCCGGAGUGUGCACUUUUAUUGUUUGGGCUGUUAUAGCCGUAACCCAUAUUCGUUUCCGCCAGGCCCUCGCAAUCCAAGGCGAAGACGUCACUGUGUUACCGUUUCAAGCCAUGUUUUACCCCUGGGGAACCUAUCUUGCUCUUGCAGCAAACAUAUUUCUGGUUUUCUUCCAGGGAUACACAGCUUUCCUUAACCCGUUUAGUGCCGAAGAUUUCGUUAUCAACUAUAUCCUUCUACCCGUAUUCAUUAUACUGGUGCUUAUCUGGAAGUUCACUAAGAAGACUAAAAUCGUCAAAUUAGAGGAGAUGGACAUUUGGAGUGGGAGAAGGGAGUAUGGUGAAGAUAUUAUGGAAGAUAGCUCCAAGAAGAGCAUUUGGACUAAGAUCAAGGAUAUCUUAGUUGGAUAA